AUGUCUCAUGUUCAGCCCGACGAGCAGGACCUGCUCCAGAAAUACCAGCAAGAGCGUGAAAAACGCAUUGCGGAUACAGCUAUCAUCGACUACAUAGACACGCGAUCAAAAGAAAUUCAAGAUCUUGCUAAGGACCCAUGGGUUGAUUGGAACGACCCAAAGAUUCAGAAUCCUCCCCUCAAGGAUGGAGACAGUGUAAAGUUUCUAGUCAACGGAGCUGGGCACUGUGGUCUCCUCUACGCUUGUCGUUUGGUCGAGGCUAGGUUCAGCGUAAAAGACAUUGUAUGCGUUGAUAUAGCAGCAGUUAACCAGCACAACAGGUACUGGAAUCGGUAUCCUGGGCUCAUGUGCGAUGUCGAAGGUUACAUCUAUCUGCCGCUUCUAGAGGAGACAGGAUAUGUGCCCAAACACAAAUAUUCUUACGGCGCCGAAAUUCGCGGUCAGAAUGAGCGAGCUGCUAAGCACUUUGGCAUCCAGGGCCAGUUUUGUACCAGGAUCGAUUCGCAAAUUUGGGACGACGACAAGAAGGUUUGGGUCGUACAGUUGACACGUACCAUGGAUGCAAAUGCGAAGACUGAGCGAUUGACUGUUUUUGCGGAUUUUGUCAUUGUCGGCGGUGGCGUUCUGAACAUUCCAAAGAUCCCGAAGCUCCCAGGUUGGGAAGAAUUCAGAGCCAAGAAACGUGUAUUUCACUCAGCUCGUUGGGACUAUACUUAUACGGGCGGUACCCAGGAACAGCCAGACUUGGUCAACCUCAAAGACAAGACAGUUGCAAUCAUUGGUACAGGGGCAACUUCGGUGCAGAUCAUACCCGAAUUAGCCAAGUGGGCCAAACACUUGUACGUUGUACAGAGGACACCGUCAUACUGUGGGUAUCGCGGUAACCGCUUGACUGAUGAGGAGCAUUUCAAAGACUUUUCGAAGGAGAAAGGAUGGCAGAGAGCUCGGCAACUCAAUUACAAUGCAUGGGUCAGCAACAGCCCUCAAGGUUACGGGCCAAAUCUUGUGAACGAUGGAUGGACCCAUACUCCAGCUGGCGAAGGUCUUUUGGGCACAACCAGGAAGAUAGUCGAGCCACACGAGACGGAAGCAUACAUACGAGAACUCCAUCAGAUUGACCGGCUGCGUACUGAAGCCUUACGCAAGCGUAUCGACGACGUGGUCAAGGAUAAAGACACAGCCGAGAAGCUAAAGCCAUGGUACGGCAGCUGGUGCAAGCGCCCCACUUUUCACGACGAUUACCUGCCAACAUUCAACCAACCCAACGUCACCUUGGUCGACACCGACGGAAAGGGCUUGCAGGCAUUCACCGAGAAUGGCCUAGUGUAUAACGGUCAGGAGUACAAAAUUGAUGCUCUAGUCCUCGCAACUGGAUUUACUCAAAUUACCAACGGCGAUGUUUCUCAAAAGAUUGAUGCAGUUAUUCAGGGAAGCAAUGGGCAAACAAUGUCCCAGAAAGCGGAGACUAUGAAUAACGCGCCACUUUUUGGCAUUGCCCUUUCAGGCUUUCCAAAUCUCUUCUCUUACUUUGCCCGCGGGGCUGGGGCUUCGUGGAACAUGACAUCCAUAUACGAUAUGAUGGCGAGAUAUCUAGCGUCCACACUCAAGAAGGCACACAUGCAGGUGGAAGACGGGAAAAAGGUGAUCAUUGAAGCCAGUCCAGAAGCUGAAAGCAAAUGGGGUGACGAGCUCGCAAGGAGGGCGCCUUUGUACAGUGCGUUGGCUGCCUGCACGCCCACCUACUUUACUGGGGGAUUUCAAGGUCUCAAAGCUAAGAAAUCACAAAGCAUGGAAGAGUUGGUGAGACAGGCGAGGACGGCGGGACUUGCCGCAGGCCCAGUCGCUUACCAGGAGAAAUUAGAAAGCCUUGCAGCUAGUCCAGAGGUUGAAGGCUUCAAGGUCAGUGUUGCUGCUUAA